AUGCCUGAUAUCAGGUCAUUCUUUGGGCCGAAGGGAGGCGGGCCCCCGAAGCCACUGCCAAAAAAGGUCGAGGAGCCCCCAAAGGCCCGAAGGGGCAGGAAAGUCAUCGAGGACAGCGACGAUGAUGCCGACCCUACUCCUGCGCCGUUAGUCGAUUCCGAAACCCUGCAGUUGAAGACCAAGCUAACUCGUCCUAGAAAACCGGCAGCGAAAGCUGCUGUCAGGAAGAAGGCUAAAGACGAGGCUGCUAAGGGAACCGAGACCACAGCCAGCGAUUACUUUGCAUCAUCCAAAUCUUCCAAGGCGGCUAAGCCUGCACCCGCCGCAAAGCCAGACCAAGCAACUAAAGUCAAGACCGAAGUCGAGAUCAGGACCAGCCCACGCAACAAGAAGACUACUGCGAAACCUGUAGAAGUAACGCCCAAGAAGCGCGCCGCCAGGACAUACACCAAGAUCGAGUCCGACGACGAUGCCGAUGCUUACAAAGACGAAGAUGACGAGGAUGACGAUGACAUCUUUGCUGCUGAUGUGAAGGGCCGCAACAAGCGAAAGACCGACGACUAUGCGGAGGACGAGAGCGACGAGGAUAUUCAACCAAAACCGAAGCGUGUAGCCUCGCGGAGUGCCGCCAAUGGCACCCCAAGCAAGAGCACAAGGGCAGCAGCUGGCACAAAGAGGCGCAAGACUCCUGACGAGGACGAGGAGGAAGAGGAGGAAGAGCAGCCGCCAAAAAAGAAGGCGCCCGCUAAGCCACGCGCUCCCAGGGCUAAAAAGGCAGACGAACCUGAAGAUUCGGCUUAUCAGUCGAUCCUCGACAACAUCCCCACUGUCCGCCCUCCGACACCUCCACCCCAGGACCCAAAUGCCCCAAAGUUUGACUGGAGGAAGAAUGCCGGUGGUGGAGGAAACAGCGCGGCUGUGCCUGCUAAUGCAGGUGCCGCGGAACUGCCCGAUGGCGAGGAUGAAUGUCUCUCUGGAUUGACAUUCGUCUUCACCGGUGUUCUUCAAACCAUCGGCCGUGAGGAAGGUCAGGCGUUGGUCAAGAAGUACGGUGGCAAAAUUACUGGAGCACCAAGUAGCAAGACCAGCUAUGUCGUCCUGGGAGACGAUGCAGGACCCAGUAAGCUGAAGAAGAUCAGGGACAUGAACAUCAAAACCAUCAACGAGGAGGGCCUGUUCGAACUCAUCAGGAAAUUGCCUGCCUAUGGCGGCUCCGGCAAGGGUGCGGAGAAGGCGCGCGAGAAGAAGAAGAAAGACGAGGAGGCUAUCAAGAUCCAGGCAAUGGAGAUGGAGCGAGAAGAGAAGGCCCGGAAGGCUGCAGCAGAGAAGGCAGCCAAGCAAGCAGCCGCCGCUCGGGGGACUACAGUUGCCCCUGCCCCGACAGCAGCUCCAGUGCAGCUUUGGACAUCAAAGUAUGCGCCGACGGCACUCAAUCAUAUCUGCGGCAACAAGGCGCAGGUCGAGAAGAUCCAGGCUUGGUUGAGGAAUUGGCAAAAGGCACGCAAGUACGACUUUCAACGGCGCGGCGCAGACGGUAUGGGUGGCACGCGAGCUAUCAUAAUCUCUGGUCCGCCCGGCAUCGGCAAGACCACUGCAGCACACUUGGCUGCCAAACUCGAGGGCUUCGAUGUCAUUGAGAGCAACGCCAGUGACACUCGCAGUAAGAAAUUAGUCGAAAAUGGCGUCGCUGAUAUCAUGAACAACACAUCGCUUCUCGGCUUCUUUGCUGGAGACGGCAAGAAGGUUGACGGAGAAAAGAAGAACAUUGUGUUGAUUAUGGACGAGGUCGACGGAAUGUCCGCAGGAGAUCGUGGUGGUGUUGGAGCCCUGGCUAAGUUCUGCAAAAAGACCGAGAUUCCCCUCAUUCUCAUUUGCAAUGAGCGGAAACUGCCAAAGAUGAAGCCGUUUGACUUCGUCGCCAUGGAUGUUCCCUUCAGGCGCCCGACGGUAGAACAGGUCCGGUCCCGUAUCAUGACAAUAUGUCAUCGCGAAGGCCUCAAGCUACCUGUGCCUGUUGUCGAUGCCCUCAUCGAAGGCAGCAACAAGGAUAUUCGGCAAAUCAUCAACAUGAUCUCCACCGCCAAGCUCGACCAAGCAUCGAUGAGCUACGACAAGGGCAAGGCAAUGACCAAGGCAUGGGAGAAACACGUCGUUCUCAAGCCUUGGGAUAUUUGCCAGAAGAUGCUCGCUGGUGGUCUGUUCGCUCCCGCCAGCAAAACUACUUUGAAUGAAAAGAUCGAGCUAUACUUCAACGACCAUGAGUUCAGUUACCUGAUGAUCCAGGAAAACUACCUGCGCUCAAAACCAAUGGCACUUAACAACAGAGGUUACAACAAGAGGGAAGAGAACCUGAAGUACCUCGAAUUGAUAGAUCAGGCGGCGGAGAGCAUCAGUGAUGGUGAUCUGGUUGAUCGAAUGAUUCACGGGCCUCAACAGCAAUGGAGUCUCAUGCCUACUCACGCCGUUUUCAGCACGGUUCGACCAUCGAGCUUCGUUGCUGGCCAGCUCAUGGGCUCCAACUUCACCUCCUGGCUCGGCAACAACAGCAAGACUGGCAAACUCGGUCGAUUUGUCCGUGAGCUACACUCACACAUGCGGUUGAGGUCAUCUGGAGACGCCAAUGAGGUUCGCCAGCAAUAUCUGCCUGUCUUGUGGGAUCAGAUGAUACGCCGGUUGUCCGUCGAAGGCAAGGAAUCUGUCGACGAGAUUAUCGAGCUGAUGGACAGCUACUACUUGACACGAGACGACUUCGAUGCGAUUCAGGAGCUCGGCGUUGGUCCGCAAGCUGAGGGCCGGGCUGAUAUCGAAUCCAAGACAAAAGCGGCAUUCACGCGAACCUACAACGCAAUGUCUCAUCCUAUCCCUUUCUUGAAGGCCAGCAAUAUCAUGGAGCCCAAGAAGGUGGCGAAGGAGGCUCCGGAUCUCGAAGAAGCUAUUGAGGAGGACGAUGAUGCCGAUGUUGCAGAACCUGCCGAUGCGGGCGAGGAGGACGAGGACAAGAUUGACUUGAAGAAGGACAAGCUAAUCAAGGCGCCCAAACCGAAGGCUAAGAGAGCAACGAAGAAGGCCAAAGCAGGCGAUGACGAUGACGAUGAAGAUGCAGAUGCCAAGCCUAAGAAGGGUAGGCCCAAGGCCAAGGCAACGACUGCCAAGGGAAAGGGCAAGAAGUAA